AGAAGUUCUUCCUCCAAGGAUACAUUGCUUUUUCUUUCAUGAGAGCACCACCUGGGACUAACCUCCUGGACUAAGCUUCUCCUCUUCUACCUGAAGAUGCAACACUGACCUUCAGACCAUAGGGAGCCAUCCUCUUUGGAGCGGUCUCUUGGAGGUGCCCCGGUCCCGCCCCAUACGGUGCCUUUUUGAGAGCUGUAGAAAGGCCUGCGAGUCGCAAUCCAUACUUUAGUUCCAGAUGUGCUGUGAACACUUCAUUUCAUUUUCCUGCUGCUUCUGUUGCCUCUUACAUUCAUUGAAGGAGUAAAUAUAAUCUAGAAAGAUGUCUCAGAGCCCAGAAGUUGUUGUCCCGAUGGCAGAUUGCAAUACAAAUGGUAUCCAGAUUCAGACAUGGAGCUCAACAAAAACCAGCACCGUUGCCUUUCGUAACAUCAGCUACAGAGUGAAGACGAAGAGUGGAUUUAUCGGCUGUCGAAAAAUACUUGAAAAAGAAAUUUUGAGAGAUAUCAAUGGAAUCAUGACGCCAGGACUGAAUGCAAUUCUGGGGCCGACAGGCAGUGGCAAAUCUUCAUUACUGGAUAUUUUAGCAGCACGGAAAGAUCCUCAUGGCUUAACUGGAGAUGUUUUCAUCAACGGUGCCCCACAGCCUGACAAUUUUAAAUGCAUCUCUGGCUAUGUAGUACAGGAUGAUGUUGUGAUGGGGACGUUGACGGUGAGGGAAAACUUCCAGUUCUCAGCUGCACUCAGACUACCAAAAACAGUAAAAACUCAUGAAAAAGAAGAGAGAAUCAACCAGAUCAUCAAAGAGCUGGGAUUGACAAAAGUGGCAGAUUCAAAGGUUGGAACUCAGUUCAUUCGUGGUAUAUCAGGAGGAGAGAGGAAAAGGACCAAUAUUGGAAUGGAGCUCAUUACCGACCCGGCUAUCUUGUUCUUAGACGAGCCAACCACUGGCCUUGAUGCCAGCACCGCCAAUGCCGUUUUGCUGCUGUUGAAAAGGAUGUCCAAGCAAGGGAAAACCAUUAUUUUUUCCAUUCAUCAACCACGCUACUCCAUUUUCAGGCUGUUUGAUAAACUGACCUUGUUGGCUGCGGGGAGACUUUUAUAUCAUGGACCUGCUCAGAAUGCCUUAGAAUACUUCAAGACCAUUGGUUAUGAGUGUGAACCAUACAAUAACCCUGCUGACUUCUUCCUGGAUAUCAUUAAUGGAGACUCGACAGCUGUGGCGUCUCAUAAUGACACCGACAAAGAUGGCACUCAAGAUCAGACACUGGCAGAGAAAUUGGUAGAGAAGUAUUCCACUUCUUCUCACAAUCAAGAAACCAAAACAGAAUUGGAAAAGCUGUCUUUGAAGGGCGGAACCAAAGAGACCACUUUCCAAAAAAUCACCUAUUCCACUUCCUUCUUUCAUCAGAUGAAGUGGGUCUCCAAACGGAUGUUCAAAAAUUUAAUAGGUAAUCCUCAAGCCUCCAUAGCACAGUUAUUGGUUACGAUUUUCCUGGGAUUAGUCAUGGGUGCCAUAUUCUUUGGUGUAACAAACGAUGCCAAAGGUUUGCAAAAUAGAAUUGGUGCCAUGUUCUUUAUGACUACUAAUCAGUGUUUCAGCAGCAUCUCAGCAAUUGAACUCUUUGUGGUAGAGAAGAAAAUAUUUAUACAUGAAUAUAUCAGUGGAUACUAUCGAAUUUCUGCAUACUUCUUCUCAAAACUAAUGGCUGAUUUAAUACCCAUGAGGACUUUACCCAGCAUAAUUUUCACCUGCAUAGUUUAUUUCAUGUUAGGCCUGAAACCCACUGUAGAGGCUUUCUUUAUAAUGAUGUUUACUCUGAUGAUGGUGUCAUUCACUGCAACCUCGAUGGCACUUGCUAUUGCUACAGGACACGAUGUGGUGGCUGUCGCCAAUCUUCUGAUGACUAUCAGCUUUGUUUUUAUGAUUAUUUUCUCCGGGUUACUGGUAAAUCUCACCAGUGUUCUGUCAUGGCUUUCGUGGCUCCAGUACUUCAGCAUCCCUCGAUAUGGCAUGACAGCACUGCAGAUUAAUGAAUUUGUGGGUCUUGACUUCUGCAAUUUCCAUACAAAUGAAGACUCCAAUUGCACAGACUUUAGCACAAUUCAGCCGUGCACUGGAGAACAAUACCUAAAAAGCCAAGGGAUCGAUGCAACUACUUGGGGGUUAUGGCAGAACCAUGUGGCAUUAGGUUGCAUGACCAUAAUUUUCCUUACUAUUUGUUACUUGAAGCUACAUUUCAUGAAAAAGUUCUCCUAAGUCAAAGAAAUUGUCAAGUGUCCAAUCCAGUUAGUCCAAUCUCGAAUAAUGUAAGAAUGAGAAAAAAGACUUGUUCUCCUAACUUGAUUCUUUCGAACUUUUCUUCUUGUUUAACCAUCUCACAAACAAGGGGGGGAAAAGCCUCAGUCUUCAGCCAAGAUCUUUGCCUUUAUAAUACCCUCAGAUGUUAUUUUUGUUGUUUGUCAAGAAGUCUAAAAAAAAAAAAUCAAAUGUCAGUUAUUUCGUGCUUGCAAGUAUGGAGGCUUCCUUUAAUAGCAUUUGUUUUAUUUAUAUUUCAAAUUGUUUCUGCAUACUCCUGACAUAGCCCAUGCGGAUUCACAACAUCAAAUGUUAAUAAAAUUAUAUUUAAAUGAAUGGACCUAUCAAUAAAUAGGCAUAAAAUCAAUCAUAUCACAAAUAAAAUUAAUCCUUGACACAAAGAUAAAUAAAUUUUCGAGCAGGGAAUGCUACCAUUUAAAAAUAGUUUUCAGAUUGUUUUUCAAAUAAUCAAAUAUAGUGGUACCUUGGUACUCAUUGUUAAUUGGUUUCAGGAGACGUGAAGAGUAACAAAAUUAGUACCAACCAAUUUUUUUUCCUCAUAAGACACCAACAAUUUCUAGCUUGUGUUGAGUACUAAACAACUGAUGAGUACCAGGACAAAAUUUUCAAGUCAAAAUGCAUUAAGUACCAAAUUCGGUAUGAGUUUCAAAACAGUUGAGUACCAAGGUACCACUGUAUGUGCAAUGUAGAGAUAAGAUGUAGCCUGAUUUAGACUAUAAUAAACUCGAAAGCUUGACAGCAAUUCUUUGUUCUCUUGUACAUCAGAGAGACUCUAGGCAAGGCAAUCUUGAGUAACUUUUUUAUACCUUCCUGUUUUCCUAAUAACUGCCAUAUAUUUUCUUCAGUGCUAAUGCCAUACUGCUCUACAAUUGCACAAAAGGUUACCUAAAUAAUUCAAACCAAUCCAAUCCAAUUCUUUAUUACAAACCAGUGAGCCAGAUCAAGUAAGUCUUACUAAAUAAAACCUAGAGAAUACAACCCACAAAAUAGGACAUAUAAAAUAAAACAAGGCAUAAAAAGGAACAAGAAUUACAAACAUGCUAGCGCUAUUUUUUGCUAUCAACACCAUAUACAUUUUAUUAAUUGCCAUAUAAGCAUGGAAACAUGACAAUUUUGUUUAUUUAUAGACUAUAAAAUAUUUCUACUUACAACCACUAUUAUGGAUUGUACUUUGUAAUGCGUAGAAUCAGAAUUACCCCUCUAUACACUUAAAACAUAUGAAUAUAUGCGAAAACAUUGUUAUAAAAAUAUGCAUAGUAUGUUGAGAUAAUAGUCAGGUGGUUUCCAAUUCAAAUGAUGAUGCUAUUUAUGCGUACAGCAUAAAAGUUUUAUUCCAGUGUGCUAUUGCAUUUAGGCAUAUUUUGUGGAGUAUUUUUUUUUCUCAUGACCUUUUAAGAAGCCAGUGAUUGAAUUACCAUACCUUAAACUUAAAACAUUGAUAGUUGGGAACUCAUAUGAAUGUAAAAGCACUGCAUUUGAACCUUUAACUUAACAAAAAAGUUAAGGAAUACCUGCUUUAUAUCAAAAUAUAUUAAGAGUGUCCAACACCAAUGUCAAUAUAACAGGUACAAAUGAGUGAGUGAAGCUCUCCCCUGUUUUAACAUGUAUACGAUGCAUUUCCCCCCUUUUUUUCAAUGUUGUCCAAUUCUCAGAGAUUGCCUAGAGAAGUCAACAGUUUUCUUGGCAAGAUUUUUUCAGAAGUGAUGUGCUAUUGUCUUCUUCCCAGGGUCGAGAGAAAGUUACUGGCCCAAGAUCAUCCAACUGGCUUUGUGUCCAGCAUAAGACUAGAACUCAUGGUCCCUCAGAUUUCCAACCUGAUGUCUUAACCACUACACCAAAUUGGCUCUUGCGAUACAUAUAAUAAAUCACUUUCUGACAUUAUUGACAGCCCUGACAUACAUAUCAACAUUGAUAUAAAGUGAUGAUUAAAAAUGGAUAGAUAAAGAUAAAUGUAAAAAGUGAAUAUUGCUUUAAGGCUGAGAUAUAUAUAUUGAAACAGAUUCGUUUGUUACUACUGCACCUUUAAUGGAUUUUUAGCAUUUGGAAAGGACAAAUCUAAUUGUGCCAUUGAUUAAUUUACUAUUAUAAUGGAAAUUUUAACUUCCUCAAUCUUCAGUUUUAUCACUAAGCAUAUGUUUUCCCUUCUAUUUUCUUUGUGGAAUUUAAAACUGAGGAAAUGAAAAUCAGAUGGCUAUGUUAACUUUUUAAUACUUUAGCAGUGCCUUGGUUCUUUCUUCUGGCCAAAAUUCAGUUGUAUUUCCAACACUGAAGGCUGCGAGGCAUAUAAAGAAGUAUGAUGUUGGUUCUUCGUUCAUGAAUUUUAUACUUUUGGGUUAAUUCUAUUUUACAAACUCAUGUAUCUAUGUACAUAUAAAAGUGGAUUUAUAACACUGCACUUGAGUUCAAUUUAUUGCCAACAAAACUUUUAAACCAUCUGGGGUUGUUAUUGCAAAAAGCAUUUGGAUUGUCUAAAAUUAAAGAAAGGCAAUAGAUUUGA